UUGUGAGGGCUCAACCUGUGUUUCAGGGAUCAGGCCUGGAUCGAAGCCCAAGAGAUGCGAUCUUUCCUCAGUGUUGCCAAAGGCUCCGAGGAACCUCCGGUGUUCUUAGAGAUUCACUACAGGGGCAGCAAUAACAGCCAGGAGCCCCCGUUGGUAUUUGUUGGAAAAGGAAUUACAUUUGAUAGCGGCGGCAUCUCCAUCAAGCCAUCUGCCAACAUGGAUGCCAUGAGAGCCGAUAUGGGAGGAGCAGCCACCAUCUGCUCGGCCAUCGUGACGGCGGCACAGCUAAAACUCCCCAUCAAUUUAAUUGGUUUGGCACCUCUGUGUGAAAACAUGCCAAGUGGGAAGGCGAACAAGCCUGGAGAUGUAGUGAGGGCCAAGAGUGGGAAAACGAUUCAGAUCGACAACACAGAUGCAGAGGGAAGGCUGAUCUUGGCCGAUGCUCUUUUCUACGCACAUAGCUUUAACCCAAGAGCCAUUGUAGAUGCAGCAACAUUAACAGGUGCCAUGGAUGUUGCGCUGGGGUCUGCAGCCACUGGGGUGUUUACCAAUUCGCAGAAGCUGUGGAAUCAACUAUUUGAGGUGAGUCAUGGGACAAGCAACAACGGCCUGGCCUGCAAGGGAAGGGAAGGGCUGCUAGAUGGGAGGCGGUAAAGAGAAGCCCCGUCU